AUUUCAUCUCCCCACAUUUCCUUCAUGCUAUUACGUUACGAGGUAAAUUAAAUGUGGGCAGUUGUGAGGCUGUUGGAACAAAGAAAUUGAUACCUCCUUAGGCACAGAUUGUAUAAUGACUUUGCAGGGUCAUUCUCAAGAGGCUCCAAAUGGGUUCAGAGAGUACUUAUUCCAUUCUAAAAUGACUGAAUGUGACGUAGACCUUGCUUUUGAUGAGCAAUAAGUCAUGUGGAUGCAUAAUAGAUUGUCUUGAUCUGCAUUUGGGUAAACUUGCUAAUUUAGGGAUCAGACAAAAAAGUUAUUUUAAGAAAUGUAUUAAAACAUGUGAAAUUAAGACCUCAUUGAAAAUAAUUUUUUCUGUCCUUUCACAUGAGCCACACUCUUUCAUCUCAUUGUGUCAUUCAUAAUUUUUGAGGAUAAGAGAAAUUAACUGAGUAGGAUGUGAGAUACCCUUGGCAGAGGACAGCCUAAGAGUGGACUAGUGUCUCAAUGAACACAUGACUGGCUCACCAUCCAGCAGCUUUCCCUCAGUGUCUGUCCCAGAAAGUUCCAGCCAUGAAUAUUGCAAUAUUUGCCUUUGCUUUUUAUUGUAUAAGUGCAUUUGCCCUACCUAUGCAAAAACAGAUUCAAAGAAGUGGGGCAUCUGCAGGAUGCAUUUCAAAAUAUUAUAAUAAAGAUCUGGGCCCAUUAGAAAUAUUAAUGAUGCCACUGGGAGAAAAAUUGUGGUUACGUGCAUGGUUAGGAAUGCACAUGUCUAAUCUUCUGCACAUGGAAGGAGUGGAUUUGGCUGAAGUUACUCAAACUGAAACAGAUAGAUAUAAAAGAAGCAUUCCACAAAUGCCUGAUACAGAAAAUGAAAGCAAAACAAGAAAAAAUGCACUUGAAUAUAUAGCACCCUACAGUUAUCAUUUGACAUUUAUGCCUAAAGUAGAAGAAGCCACAUUUCAUGGCAUUCUGCAGAUUAAUAUUACUUGCUUACAUCCAACUAAUAGUAUUGUUUUACAUGCAGAUAGCAAUAUGAAAUUGGAUGAAUUAACUAUAAAACGAUUAAGCUCUGUUAAUGUUAGUGACCGUGAUCCAUUUCAUAAUGAACAUGAGCGCCGUGCACAAGAACAUUUGGAAAUUUCAAAAAUAGUUUGGACAGAGAUAUUGUCAAAUUGUGAAAUAUUUUUGCAAGACUCUCUGGUAAAAAGUGCCCAGUAUCAAAUAGAUAUUAAAUACCAUUCUCCAAUAAUAAAAGAGAAUGAAGGUAUUAUUUUCCAUCGAUACUCUCCUGAUGAUCCGGAGAAAAGAAGUUGGUUUUUAGGCACCAAUCUGAAACAUGGCAAUGUUAUCAAAAUAUUUCCCUGUUUUCAUACUUCAAAAUAUAAAGCAACUUUUAAAAUUAAAGUCAUACAUCCAGCAGGCAUGGCAGCGAUAUCCUCCAGUCCUCUUCUAAUACUCGAACAAAUGUCCGAAAUGCCAGGCUGGGUGCGAAGUCAUUUUAAAGUUACUCCACCAAUGGAUCCUAGCUCUUUAUCCAUUUUCAUCUUAAACUCGUUUCAUUUUGAUCAAGUUUCUGCAACAACAGAUGGUGGAAUAAUAAUACAAGGAUUUAUACGAGGAUUUAGUACACCUGUUGUACAAGACACUAUUGAAUAUAUGACAGCUGCUGUACCUUUCUUAGAACAACGCCUUGGCGUAUCAUUUCCUGCUCCGCAACUUAAUGUUAUAUUCUUGCCAAAUAUGACUCAUACUGCAGUGGAUUUCUGGGGCAUGAUUCUUGCUGGAACUGAGGUAACUCCUGUAGGCAUGUUGGUUUAUUUACUGAAGCAGUGGUUUGGACAUUUUGUGACUGCUGAAAACAUUAAUGAAGAGUAUGUGACUACAAGUUUAGCUCACUAUUAUUCAUAUUUUUGUUCCCUUGAUUUGCAAGAGAGCUGUGAGGCUGGAAGAAAUCACAUGUUUGCAUCUCAAGCUGAUUUUGUUUCAUUAUUGGAUGUAAAGGAUAGAAUGACUGCUCAGGAAUUUAGAGAUCAAAAGAUGGUUUUAUUUUUACGCAUGCUGAACUUUUCUUUGAGUGAACAAUCUUUUCAAAGAGGCAUACAGGUAUUUUUGAAAUACAGAUCUUACAGCACAUUUGUUGAAGAGGAUUUAUGGGAUGCAUUAGAUAUUCAAGCCUGGUCAGAUGGGACUCUAGAUCGUACAAUAUCAACAAAAGAUAUAUCUGUGGUAUGGUUAUCACAAGAUGUGUUACCUCUUGUGACAAUUAGUACAGACAUUGAAAACAAAACUCUUAGAAUUGAACAGGAAGUAUUUGUGAGACAUUGGCCAUACACAAUAAGAGGACAUAAAAAUAUAAUGUGGCAAAUUCCAAUUCCAUUCACAACGCAAAAUAAUCUGAUGGAUGGUAAACCAGGAUCCCUUUAUUGGUUGAAAGAGAAACAAAAUGUAAUAGAGGAGGAUGUGGAUGCUUUUGGUGAUUACUUCAUUGGAAACUACAACAACAUUGGCAUGUAUAUUGUGAGCUAUGAUGAAUCAAACUGGAAAGCUCUGAGUGAAAGUUUACUUCAUGAUGGAGAAAUCCAACAUUUUGCAAUACCUGCUAAAACAAGAGCAAAUCUUCUAAGAAAUGCUUGGUAUCUGGCUGUAUCCGGACAUCUUGAUUUUAAAUUGGCUUUAAAUAUGACUUUGUUUCUGAAAUAUGAGAAUGAUCCAUCUGUAUGGAAAACUUUUGCAGAAGUAUAUUUUAUGGUUGCAUGGAAAUUAAUUGGUACUGGUGUAGAAAUAAAAUAUGAUCGAUUCAUUGGAGAUCUAUUAAUUCCAAUAUAUGAGAAAGCUAAACAAAAUAUAAGUCGAAAUGCAAAGGAAAUACAAGCUCUUGCCUAUUAUGUGCUGUGUAAGGCAGGGUAUGAACCAGCAAUGGUUGAUGCUAGAUUGGAAUUUGACCAAUGGCUAAAAGCCCAUCAAGAGAUCAAUCAUGGGGUAGUAGGUGGAGUUUUACGGUGGAUUGAAGAAGACUGGGAACGAGGAUUAGAGCAUGUUCUCCAUUUAUUAGAAGAGAGAAAAUUGCCGAAAGUUCGAUCAUUCCUUCUUUCACAGUUAGCUGGAAGUCCACAUCAAGAAAAAACAGAAAGGUUGCUGUCAGUUCUCUUGACUGAUCCCAAUCGUGUAUUUUCAAAAGCAGAAAUUAUGAAUGUACUACCAGCAGUGUCCAGCUGCAGAACUUUCCUUGAAUUCCUAACAUCUGAAUGGGAAGCAAUCAAAGAGAGGUAUGCAAGUGAGCCAAAUAUGUGGCAGUAUAUUUUGGAACAGGCAGCCACAAAAUGCAAAACUCCUGAUGGAGUUGAAAGAAUUGAAGAAUUUUACAAGACUCAUCAGAAUGAUUUGGGAAUAUCUGGAAAUUCACUCAAGCAUGAUAUUGAAAUUGCUAGGCGUAAAAUGGAGGUAGUGUACUAUCAAAUACCAGAAUUUGAAGAGGAUCAUUUAUCUCAAGAGGUUGAUCUGUGCAAAAGGCAGAUGAAAACACUUAUGCCGUACCUGAAGAAGAAAAUGCUCGCUCUGAAAAUGCCUGAGAUCAAGAGAGAAGUUGAGCAUAAAUGGCAUCGCCUUGAAAAUGUGUUAGAUUUUAAGGACCACAUCAUUCAAGAAAUUCUGGAAAAAAUCGACCAGAAGAAUGAUAUUGGAUUCAUGAUUUUCCAAGAACGAGUCCAAUCUAUUGAUGAAAUGUUGGGUGAGGUCUCCAAAGCCACGAUGUUGAAAGGAAUGUUAAAAUUGCAAGUUAAAACUUUUAAAGAGAACAAUACAAUGCUGGUCUCCUCGAUAGUGAAGAAACCGAGCGGUGGACUUGCAACUGAUUACGUGAUUCGGUCACCAAUUAGGAAAUCAGAAACUUACAAAUUAGUACAAGUUGAGGGACGUCCUAAAGAGAUAAUCUAUGAUACCCAUUUGACCAAAAAUUUUAAAGAUAUAAGAGAAAUUGCAGUUAGUUCUCCAAUAUAUGUUCAAAAAGAUAGUCGAUUUAUUGUUAGAGCAGAAUUUAUUGUGAAAAUAAAACAU